CAGAUACCUAAUAUUAGAAGGGUUUUUUGUCAGAAUACUGAUGUUAAAUGUUAGCUUAAUAACAGUUUCUGUCUGCCAGUCAUUUAUUGAUUGCUAAGCCAAACAAUGAUUUUUAUUUAUUUGAUAAUUUUAGAACACAUGGAGAGGAAGUUUGCAGUGGUGCGGUGGAGUGAAGGGGAGGAUUUUGGGAAGCUCAGUGACAUAAAAACUGAUGUCAUAAGGGGGUAUGAUGAUUCCAAGAUGGACCAGGAUGGGAAUCCCUUUGCCACCUACUCAGCCGUAAUUGAAUGGCGCCAUGGGAGGAAACAACGAGGAGGCUGGCCUCACUACAGAGGCACUGUCAUUUUUGUUAGUGCUACUCGUUUUGAGACAAUCCGUAAACUGAACUCACUGCUGAAGGAAGAAGAACCUACAGAGCUGACAAAGAGGGCCUCAGUGGCCCCCCAAAAAUAUGGGGACGAUUCAGAUUGCUCAACUGAUAUUGAAACUCAAUCUCAGCAAGCAAAGAAGUCAAAGGCUCCCAGGAGGAUAGACCCUGCAGAAGAGUUUCUUAGGCUAUACGGUCAAUCACAGCCUUCUUCAGAUAAUCACAACAGUCCGACUCAGACUGUGGUUGAAUUAAAGCAGGAGAUCAAGGACCUGAAAGAAGAGAACGCGAAGUUGAAGGAGAUUGUUCUUCAAGAUGUGCCAGGACUCCUACUGAGCUUGAGGAAUAUAAUAAAGAGAUCCAGGGUGGAGCCUACCAAAGCAUUACCGGCCCUUCCAGGGUCUCCGCAGUCCAGGUCCAGUUCUCCAUGUGCCACUUCGCUGUCCCUCCCCAGAUCUACGCUGUCCAGUUCCACAUCUGUGUCUCCAUCCCUGACUGCCUCCCAGUCUUCUUAG